AGUGCGUGAUGACGUCGUGCGGCGAAGCGGAGAUGAUAAAUGAGAUGACAGACAGAAGGAGGGAGAGACAGAUGUGAGAGAACUGGGAUAAAUCAUCUGAUUGAUCGCGGUGAAAUCGUCUGAUCGCUGCAGGAGGAGGAUGCUGAUGAUCCGGCGCGUCUCUGAUGGAUGAGCGCUGAGAUAUUGUUGGUGUUCAGCAUCACUGUGCGUCUGCAUCUGCACGCGAUGUGUUGAUCAUCUGCUCGGAUCAUAUUCGUCUAAUUCUUCACCAUGAACCGCGGCGUUAAGCAUCAGCGCGCGAGCGGAGCGACUCGAUUCACGGCGGACUGAAUCACAUUCGAGAGAAUCGCGAGCAUAUCAGCAGAAAACAGAGAGAGGAUCUGUGAGCCAGCAAAAUGGGAGAGCAGCCGAUCUUCAGCACCAGAGCGCACGUCUUCCAGAUCGACCCCAACACCAAGAAGAACUGGGUUCCCACCAGCAAACACGCCGUCACCGUCUCGUACUUCUACGACAGCACCCGCAACGUCUACCGCAUCAUCAGCCUCGACGGGUCAAAGGCCAUCAUCAACAGCACCAUCACCCCCAACAUGACCUUCACCAAGACCUCGCACAAGUUCGGGCAGUGGGCCGACAGUCGGGCCAACACCGUCUACGGCCUCGGCUUCUCCUCCGAGGCUCAUCUCAGCAAAUUUGCUGAAAAGUUCGCAGAGUUCAAAGAAGCCGCGCGGUUGGCGAAAGAGAAAUCUCAGGAGAAGAUGGAGUUGACCAGCUCGCCCUCACAGCGCAAACCGAUCCGGAGCGCUUCGAAGGAAUCAGCGACGGGCGAUCUUCAGUCUCCCGUGACUCCAGAGAGCAUCAACGGAACGGACGAGAGAGUGACGCCCGACGCCGCAUUCAACACCGAGAGCCGUGCGGAGCUCAACGCCGUGCCGUUCCCGCACAGCUCCACGUCCAUCACCAAACACUGGGAGGCCGAGCUGGCGGCUCUGAAGGGAAACAACGCUAAACUGACGGCCGCGCUACUCGAGUCCACCGCUAACGUCAAGCAGUGGAAGCAGCAGCUGGCGGCGUAUCAGGACGAGGCCGAGAGGCUCCACAAACGGGUGACGGAGCUGGAGUGUGUCAGCGGACAGACGGCCGGCAUCAAAACACAGAAGACGGAGCUGAACCAGACCAUCGAGGAGCUGGAGGCCGAGCUGAAGGCCAAGGAGGAGGAACUGGAGAAGCUGAAGGAAGAAGUCGAGAAUGCCAACCUGCUGCAAACGCAGAAAGAUUCGCUCGCCCAGAAACUACAGGAGACGCAGGUGAGGAACGCGCAGCUGGAGACGCGUCUGUCGGAUGUGGAGGAGCGUCUGGAGAGCAGCCGGCAGGAGGGCGAGAGCUUCCGGAAGAGUCUGCGCUCGCUGCUGGAGCUGCUGGACGGGAAGAUCUUCGAGCUGACCGAACUGAGAGACAGUCUGGCCAGACUCCUCGAGGACGGCAGCAGCUAGAGCCGCUCUCCAGUCACAUGAUCAUCUCGUACUGCACACGCAUGUCCACGCAAACACACACCAGUUCCUCUGACACGUGCCUGAAGUUUGCAGACACACACACACACACACACACUCGCGGCUCGACUGGGCUGUGAAAUUGCCUUCACUAAUCUCAGAUUUCACACGCAAACACUGCAAAUCUCAUCCGUGGCGCAUUUUAUACUCCUGUUUCUGAUCCACGAUGCAAAGACUGCGUUACCGACGACGGAGUUAGUGAUUUCGUCCGAGAAAACCUUGUACUUUUUGACUCUGACGGUGUUUUGCUCGCGUAGGUUUUCUAUAGAAACUCCAGGAACUGAUGAUGUCUGGAUGAACUGCGUUCAGAAACACUCUUCCACUCUUGAACUUCCACAAUCUGAGCAAUACAAGAGAGAAACACGAUCAGGUAUUUUCUGUCUCACACACACUCUGAACCGUCUUUCCUUUCCAAAUCUUUUUAAAUAUAAACAUGACAGAUUUUUGGUGCACUCGUGUGACGCGCCGUUCUUUGGGAUUGAGGUGAAAUUACGCAUUUUGUUCUUUAUGAAGAGCAGAGGUUUACUUCCUACUGUAUGAUUUCUGAUUAUUUAUUGUAAAAAAAAAAAUAUAUAUAUAUAUAUAUAUCUAUAUAUUCUAAUCACAGUGGCUGCAUUACGUAGAUAUUUCAAGUACAAACAUGUUUGUUUUCAUUUUUUCCCCCUUUGUUUUUAUUACUUGCAAUGUGGAAAUAUGGUUGUUUUGUAAAUGUGGGGAUAAACUGGCAAUAUUUUUGAACUAUUUAAAAGGGAAACCGUGUCAAAAGGGAAUCAAAACAUGACUUGGUUUUGCAGAGAGAGUGUUUUUCUUUGCCAAAUCUCUUCUCUUGUACAGAGGAAGUUGCCUUUGGUACUGAGACGCAUCAACGGUAGCGAACUAUGGGAAACUAUUGCCAAAAACCAGUGACUGUGUGUGACGACGAUCCGCUCGCGUGUGUUUGAAGAACUUCAAGGGCUUGUUGCGCUAGUUUCUGACACACUGGACGGCUUUAUUAUGUUUAAUUCAUGAGCCCAUGUGACACUGUGAGGCUCCGAUACCUUUGAAUAAUGAUAUUGAUUAAACCACACACUUCAACACAGUUGUAAUUAUGAGUUUAUAGUAAAAUUAAAGUGGAAAAAUCGUCAA